CAAGUCUUGCCAGCACUAUACAUGCUGGACCAGUAUAGAAAUAUAUUAAUAAAUUUGUUAAUGGCUCAAUUCCGGCUCGCAGAGUGCUCCGAUUAGCAAUUCAGCUAGCUGGGCAAAAUAACUUGGCCAGGAAAAAUCAGAAAAACAUAAGCCGACAACCGGUCACCGAGGAAAACCCAGAAAAAUGCGAAGAAAACUUCAAGGAACAAGAACAACAAAAACAACUGCUAACAUGUGCAACGUUGCAUGGAAAAAGGGGAGUUUCGCGGACCACUUGCUGGCAAGUUGGCUAUGCCUAUUCCUGGCCGCCCUUGUUCUCAUCUCCUGCAGCACCUGCACCUUUGCCGCUGAUCCCCUCAAGGUCAUUUACGCCGUCAAUGCCGGCGGAGAGGAGCACACGGACCGGAAUGGCAUUCAAUACGACGCUGAUCCUUUGAAGGGCAUUGGCAUCGCUUCGGACUAUGGCAAGCACCUGCUGAUGAUCGGACGGGUGCAGGAGCAGGACGAGGUGCUGUACAGGACGGAGCGCUACCACACCACCACCUUUGGCUAUGACUUGCCGAGUGACGGCGACGGGGAUUACGCUUUGAUCAUGAAGUUUUGCGAGGUGUACUUCGAUGCACCGCAGAAGAAGGUCUUCGAUGUGCUGCUCAACCGGAAGCACACGGUGGUCCGGCAGCUGGACAUCUACGACCAGGUUGGACGGGGCUCCGCCCACGACGAGAUCGUGUACUUCAAGAUCAACAACGGCCGGCUGAACUACGAGGGCGAGGUUUCCGACGUACGAAAUGGUCGCCUGCGGCUGGACUUCAUCAAAGGUGCUCUGGAUAAUCCCAAGAUUAAUGCCUUUGCUUUGCUGAAGGGCGACGUGUCCCAAGUGCCGCGUCUGCACGGCACCGAGGCGAGUGAAAGGAUGAAGCCGGAGCUGGGAAACAGCAACAGCAAGCAGAUUGUGGAUCAGAAGCAGCCAGGACACCAGCCGGAGCGGGUGGUGCGCGCGCAGAGGGAUGAUGUGGAUGAGGACGACGAGGAUCUGGAUGAUGAGGAGUUCGGCGAGGAACUGCCCGACCAGUUGAGAGACAGUGGCGAGCACAAUGAUAACUCGCAAUCGCAACCGACGGACUCUAAGAAAUCUUACAGUGGACCCCGUCAGCCAAAUCCUUACUCCAUGGACGACUCUUCCAUAUUGCUGCCUGUGUUCAUAGCCAUCGGAGCCUUCAUUCCGCUGCUAUUCUGCCUCUGCAAGCUGUGAUUCCCAUCCGUAACCCGAUCUCGGCCUGCCAGUUCAUUUCCUGCUGCUUUUUGUGAUUUUUGAUAAAAGACUUAAUUGUAAUUACUUAUCGUUUAGUUCGUACGUUAGCCACUUGCCCCAGAGACCGUAUCGGAUUCCCCCGAUUCCGAUUUCGAUUCCGAUCCCCUUGGCGCACAGCUCGCUCUCUAUCGCUCUUAACACUCUACACUUUCCGUACUUUGUAAGCUUUUUGAGUUCCUUUUGCGUUGACCACUGCCGUCACAGGCUCGGGUACUUAAUCCUGUUGAGUCACUUGAUUUAUAUAAAUAAUCCUAGGACUAGUUCUAGCUCUAGAUUGCUUGGUGGGAUGUGCGCACAAAUUUUAGGCGGGUUUUUGGCGACAGUUUUAUUUGGAAACUGUCUUAAAUGAAUAUGGAAUGAAAUAAAAUCAACCUUGUUUGUUAUUGAA